AUGAGAACAGUCACUGAUUUCUUUUGGGCAAUUGUGAACUUCAUUGGCGUGUUUUUCACGACAAUGUUUUCGAUGGAAAAAUCAGAUGCAUACAAAAAAGGUUCAGGUGCCAACAAGAAAUGGGAUGGUGGUGGUCCGGGAGGUCCCGGUAGUGGUCCAUACGGCGGUGGUCCCCGUGGACCUCCCCGUGGCUUGGACAAUGUUCGAGGCAUUGACCACAGUUCUCUUCCUGCUUGUGGCUCCUGCUGUGGUUGA